AUGCAUUCAUCACAACCCUUCUUCGAACUACAACGAUCUACCACUCCUGGAAGAAAAGGAAGAAAUCUGAAGAAUCUUGCCGUCAACACGUCGGGUGCUUUCGUUAUGUCUAGGGCCGCCUCCACCACAUCUUUACCCAUGUCAUCAUCGCUUCAGGGUACAGCGAAUCCGGACAGACUUGGUCAAUCUUUCUCCAAGCCUCCUAGUCUUACAAAGAGACGUUCUAGCAAAACUCUCGGUCUGACGAUCUUAACACCAGCAAACACCAAGGCAUUGCCUCAAAACGGACGCGCCGCUGUACCUCCGACUCCAUCAUUUGCACGACCCAACGUACUUCGUCACUUCCAGUCAUCACCUUCCCUACCCUUACACAUCACCGAGGAGAUUCGCGAAGAGCCGUCGCUAGAAGCACAACAAGGACAGAAAGAGUUUGCAUUGCCUCUACACAUGCGCGGCCCUCUCAAGACCAACGACUCGGAUCAGAACUUUGACAUACCUCAAUCGAAAGAGGAAAAGCCCGAAGCUUACCCUGAUGGACCAAUUUGUGUCUACGGUCGUUAUUUGGACCUCUAUCUGGAGCCUACAGUUGAGCAAGCUGCUCGUUACGAUGUCAUCCUGAAUGUUGCUAGCGAAGUAAAAAACCCCUUCGAUUUCGCAACAUUCCAACCUUCAGGGCCCGAAUUGCGUCUCGAUGGUGGUGGUGGCAUUCAAUACGCCCCUAAGCGCAACCACCUGACUUCUCAGCAUGGUCUUGGUCGAGAGAACUUGAGCCCAGUAUACGAAUCAUCACCAACCACACCCAAGGCAAACCCGUUCUUGAAAGACGUCACUUCUGCGCCUCAACCAAAAGAGUCCACAAAAACGGAGCCAGAGUACAUCCACAUUCCGUGGGAGCACAAUACGGACAUUGUUCCUGACCUCAUCCGUCUAGUAAAGGUUAUCGACGAGCGCAUUCAGCUUGGAAAGCAUGUUCUUAUCCAUUGUCAAUGCGGUGUGAGCAGAUCAGCAACUCUGGUUGUGGCCUAUGUUCUUUACAAAAACCCAUCCAUGAGCGUUCAGGAAGCAUACGAUGAUGUGAAGAAGCGAAGCAGGUGGAUUGGACCUAACAUGAACUUAAUCAUGCAGUUGCAAGAGUUCCGAUCGACUCUACAAAGACCCCAGAGCAGGUUUGGCAAUACUCGUGGGCUCAGCCCUAAUUCGCCUCCCUUUGGUUUCACCGAAAUGGGACGCCCAGCAUCCUACGAUGGCAGCAGUAUGCCUGGAAUCAAAUCACCGAAGACUGCACCUCUACCACCAGAUACGGCACAAUCAAAGCUCUUGCGCAACCCUGAUCUUCUGGCUGUAAGUCCAGGUCCUUCUUCAGCGCCCUCAGGCCUCACUUGGCCCUCAGACCAUGACGAGCCUGUGUCCAAGAAGUCAGAAGAUUCUGCUCGUAAUGAAGCAGCGUACGUGGAUCCAAAUGGUCGCACAGUGCCCGUUGUACAAGUUACAGAAGAUCACCCCAUCCUCGAGCCCAAAGUCACCAAGGAGCUGAAAGACCGACCGAAAUCACUGAACCUCGAAUCACACAUCAGGCAGGACUCAGGAAGACAUAUCACUCCCAUGGUGUCUCCUAGAGCUACCGAGUUUGCGAUGGCGCCGCUCAGACCCUCAAAAGACUCAGACUCGGCUGAUCAAUUCGGCUUGAUGUCCCCACGCGCUUCAGAGUUCUCGCAAUCUCCCUUUGAUCGUGAGUCUCUGCUUGGUGCGCUAGGCAUGGGUCCAGCAGUCAUUCCACAAGCUAGAUCUCAGCAUCUAGCCCCAAACGCACACAAGUCACAGAAGAAAGUACCGAAAAGCCUUACUCUACGACCCAAGAUCAGUGCGCCUAGCUUGAGCGAACAGCGAGAAUUGCAAGAUAUGCAAUCAAAACUUGAGGCUGAGUUGACGCAUGACGAGCCCGAUUUUAUGGACGCUUUGGCAUCACCACGUGCAUUUGAGUUCACCCAAAACCCCUUCGCCAAUCUUCCUGGAGAACCUGACGCAGAGAGGUCUACUACUACCGCUGUCAACGGAAUCGAAGAUCCGCGUAGCCCGCCGCAAAGGGAGCUUUCCCAAUCCAGCGCAACAUCUUCGACGUGCUGUAACACGGUGUCUCGACAACACCAUCGCAACGACCCACUUCAUUUGUCACCCUUCUUUUCUGCACAAUAUUAG